GAGGUAGAGAGAGAGGGAGGGGGGGAGACAAGUGGAAAGAUAAGAUAGCGAAGAGUUGGUGUUUAUUUAAGUAGUGUCAUGUCCCUGGCACAUACAGACAACAGGGUCCGGCAGACCUGCCUGUAUGGGAGAGGAACAACAACACCUCGGGAGCUUCAACUAAAAUAGAUCCAAUGCAGCUUGGAGCAAGGUGGAUUAGCAAGGCUUCCUUUGUCUCACCUGACACUUGUUCCCUGCUGUGUGGAAUUUCUUGGAACUAUGAGUAAACCGGAGACAUUGGCCACCUGCAUUGCCAAGAUGUACGAGGGGGGUAAAUUGGACAAUGCUGGGGCCCCUUCUGGAGCAAUGAAAAAGCCAACUAACAGCCUGCUGAACAGCCUGGGAGGCAUGGAGGUCAAGCUGAAUCAGCUCGAGGUGAAGGUGGAGCAGAUAGCCUGCAGCCAGACAGAGGUCCUCAGGAGGCUGGACAUGGUGUGCCAGGGCAUGGGGACGCUGGAGAAGGACCUGGCCCAGCUCAGAAAAGACAGGGACAGGGGCUCUCGUGGAGGUGGAGGGGACCCUUCCUUGUUCUCGGAGGUCAAGGUACUGUGUGGGGAGACCGUGGCGCUGCUGAAGAACCUGCAGCAGGAGGGUAAAUGGCAACGAGAAAAGAUUGAGGGAAUAGAGAGCUCGGUUUCGGCCAUGGACAAGCUCUGGGGAUAUGUGGGGGAAGUCUUCCGAAGCUCCAAGAUAGUGGAGUUCAUCUUGAAAGGUAUCGUACCCUGGAGGAAACAGGGCCUACUGUACAUCCAAGAGGAGGAGGAGAAAACGAAAUUAGAAGAUAGCAGCAUAAAGCCUAAAGUCACUCUUUGUGACCAGGGGACUCAGGUCCAGGAGGAGGGCUUACAAAUCGCCACAGGUGACCAGCCGGUGCUAGAGCUCCCUGUAAAGGAAGUGAAGGCCACAGACCAUGGAGUGGAAGUCCCAAAUUCUCCUGAGCAUGAUCCCUGCGGGUUAUCAGAAGCUCUCACAGAGGGCCCUGCAGUCGACGAGGCCUUAUUCCCAUCUACCAAUAGUGAUUGGGGUAGUAAAGGCUCUCGCAAGCCCAAAGAGGUCACCUUAAAGAGCAGAGAGCCCACCAGAGUCCAGACCUUCGCCUCUGAUGUGGUCGUAGCUCAGGUGGAGGUCACCAUCGAAGUGCUUUCUGAGCUGAGGAGGACUCCUGAUGUGACCUUGAUUUCGGUGGGCAGUGAGUUAGACAGUCAGUACAUCAAAGUCAAGGAGACAGAGGUUCCACAAGAUCCAGAACCCACUGCAUCUCAGCCACCUACCUCCACCACUGAGGAGCAACCGCUGGAGCAACCGCCGGAGCAACCGUCGGGGCAACCCCCGGAGAAAGCCGCUGAAAGUCUCCCUCUUCCUUCCAAGGAGGACACUCUCCCUGAAGAGGACUUUACAAAGGCUGCGGUCAGUCCUCAGGAGCCAGUUAUCAUUGUAACACCACCAACCCCGUACAGCAGUGCGCUAACAAGCCCACUGGAUGUGGUCACCAAACCGGAGCCAGAGCCAGUAACGAUGGUCCCUCAGGUCCAGUCUGAGCCUGUGGCGGCCACAGAGCAGCACAAACCUGUUCCACCUCAACCAGAGUCUGAGACAGUGAAAGACUCUGCAGAACCAGUUAUCCCUCAGCCAACUCCCUCUUUAGUUGUUAAAAACCCUACAGCAACUGCACAGGGGGUAGCCCUGGAUGCACAACAAUUGGUCAUAGAUGACUGCCCACCGUUGCCCGCUCCCUUUGAGCACCGCAUUGUGAGUGCCAAGCAAGUCCCGAUGGGCUCUUAUUACGCUGUAAAGCCUAACGAGGUUCUCGGAGGGGGACGUUUUGGGCAGGUCCAUAAGUGUGCAGAACUGUCGUCGGGCCUAAUCCUCGCUGCGAAGUUGAUCAAAGUAAAGGGAAUGAGGGAGAGGGAGGAAGUGAAGAAUGAAAUAGGAGUGAUGAACCAACUUAACCAUGUGAAUCUGAUUCAGCUUUAUGAUGCCUUUGAGUCACGGACAAAUCUUACGCUUAUUAUGGAGUAUGUGGACGGUGGCGAGUUGUUUGAACGGAUCGUUGACGAGAACUACCAGCUGACAGAGCUGGAUGCCAUCGUGUUUAUGAGACAGAUCUGUGAGGGGGUACAGUACCUCCAUCAGCAAUACAUUCUCCAUUUAGACCUCAAGCCAGAGAACAUUCUUUGUGUCAACUCCACAGGGAACCAGAUCAAGAUAAUAGACUUUGGUCUGGCCAGAAAGUACAGACCCAGAGAGAAACUAAAGGUCAAUUUUGGCACCCCAGAAUUUCUGGCUCCUGAGGUGGUCAACUAUGACUUUGUCUCAUUCCCAACGGACAUGUGGAGUGUGGGAGUCAUUACUUAUAUGCUUCUGAGUGGACUGUCUCCAUUCCUGGGGGACAAUGAUGCAGAGACUAUGAACAACAUCCUUCACGCCAACUGGGAUUUUGAUUCAGAGGCAUUCGAGAAUGUCACAGAGGAAGCUAAGGACUUUGUUACCAGACUGCUGAUUCCAACUAAAUGCAGUCGACUCAGUGCAACUGGCUGCAUGAAGCAUGCCUGGCUGAACAAUCUGGAGGAUAAAGCCAAAUUGCACCAGGUGCGGCUCAAGUCCCAAGUCAAGCUCCAGCGCUACCUGGCCGCUCAUAAACAGUGGAAGAAACACUUCUAUGUGGUUGCUGCAGCCAACAGGCUGAAGAGGUUUCGCCAGAAUCAUCCCAUAAACACUGUAUAGCAUUGAGAAGACUGCUGUCAAAGACUGAGUAGUUGUGCCUCGCGUGUAUUGCUGUCGUGCUGCACCUCCAUGGCAGGCAUUCCUGCCAUUUAUGCUAGUUGGACUGAGGCAACUGAACAGGACAUGAUCUGCAACAGUGUCUGGCAUUGGUAUGCAAAUUGCAAUGAUGGACAUUUAUUGAAAUGUACUGUAGUAUUCUACUCACUUUUUAUACAGUACAGUGCACAACUUUGUGCAGUCUUCCUGUGGGUGAUGUUAGUGAUUACUAAAUUAUCCGGGGCUCACAGUGCGCUUCAAGCAGGUUGCCUACUACUUACUUAGGUGUAAUUGUUUAUUUAAUGACAAAUCUUACUGACUUAUGUUUGAACUGCUUUACUGAAUGUACAUGAAGUUGACAUCACAAUGACACAUUAUUCGCAAGGCUUUCUUUUUUUUGGGUUUAUUGAAUAUGGUAAGUGAAUCUUCACAAUCACACAGAUGACCUUGUCUGGUCAAUCUUUCCUUCUAUGAAGGCUUUGAAUGUGCCACUUGUUUGCAUGCUACACAACCUGACUGUAUAGUGUUCCCAUAUAGCAUUAUUUUGUGACAGUGUCCCCACCUCCACUUGAACUCAGCAAGAAUAACUCAAUAUGACUAUAAAUGUUAAUUUAUUAAAAUAAGUGAAGCCACAAAAGGACACUGACUUUUACUAUUGGCAAUAGUCCAACACCCAUAAACACAAAAAUGGUUACAAUGGUUUUUCCCGCCAUUCAUUUUUCACAUCGUGAAUUUGACAAAUUCUAAUUAAUUUUGUGUUCAGUGUAGGUUUACCUUCGCAUGCCAUUUUGAUAGCUGUGCAAUUCUCUCGGACAACGUGAAUUUUAAUCAAUAUAUUUGCCUCAAUUUUCUCAAAUUCGCAAUGCUAAUUAUUGAUAUGUUACCUUGUCCGAGAGAGAUUUGUGCGGUUAUGAAAACGUCACGCCGGUGUAAACCUAGACGAAACACACAACUUAUAUUAAGUAUUUCUAAAAUCCCAGAUGGAAAAAUGAAAAACAAUUAGAACCAUUUGACUCAUACUGUGGUACUCAAUGUGGUCUGUCUAAAUAAAAACUGUUGAUAAUG